AGCUGUGCACCUGGCACAUUUUGAAAACAAUCCUCCUGGGCCAGAUGCUGUCCUUGUUUAUCUGUGGGACUGCUGUUACAAGCCAGUACCUGGCAGAACAGUACCAAGUGAAUACUCCAAUGUUUCAAAGUUUUAUCAACUAUUCUUUACUUCUUCUAGUUUAUACAACAAUGCUGGCAUUUAGGACUGGUGGUGACAGUCUUCUUCAAAUUCUGAAGCAGAGGUGGUGGAAGUAUAUUUUUUUGGGACUGGCUGAUGUUGAGGCCAAUUACAUGAUUGUAAAAGCCUACCAAUACACGACUCUCACGAGUGUUCAGCUACUGGAUUGUUUUGGGAUUCCUGUGCUGAUGGCUCUGUCCUGGUUCAUUCUCCGUGCAAGGUACCGGCUGAUCCAUUUCAUUGCGGUUGCUGUCUGCUUGCUGGGUGUCGGAACGAUGGUGGGUGCUGACAUUUUGGCAGGGAGGCAGGACAGUGAAGGAAGUGACGUGGUGAUUGGAGAUGUCUUAGUUCUUCUGGGUGCUUCUUUGUAUGCCAUAUCUAAUGUGAGUGAGGAAUACAUUGUGAAAAAUCUGAGCAGAGUCGAGUUUCUAGGAAUGGUGGGCUUGUUUGGGACUAUUAUCAGCGGUCUGCAGCUAGCCAUUCUGGAGCAAAAGGAUAUAAUGAAAAUUCAGUGGAACUGGAAAAUAGCAUUACUGUUCAUAGUAUUUGCCCUGUGUAUGUUUGGGCUGUACAGCUUCAUGCCAGUGGUGAUUAAAGUUACGAGUGCAACCUCGGUCAACUUGGGCAUUCUUACUGCAGACCUCUACAGUCUUUUCUUUGGACUCUUCUUGUUUUACUAUAAAUUUUCAGGUCUUUAUAUCCUGUCCUUUGUCAUCAUCAUGGUGGGCUUCAUCCUGUAUUGCUCAACUCCAACUCAGACUGCAGAACCCACCACCGUGCCACAGCCAUGCAGUGCUGGCUUGGACAAUGCUGCUCUGAAGCUUGAUGAAAAUGACAGCGAAACGCCAGCUGUAACCGUACAGUUUACAAGAGGAGAAUCCGUGGUGGUCAGCACUGAUUGAAAAAUGGCAGCAUUUCAAAACAGAGCUUUUAUUUUAUUGCCAAAAUUUCCUUCAAAUAUUAAUCUGGAGAACUGUUCUACUGCCAGAGCGUAUGUUGUACUGGGCUGUUUUUAAUGCACUGAAUAAACUUUUUAAGGCCAGAUCCUCAGUCAGUGAAACUAUAUCGAUUUUCUCCUGCAGAGAAUCUGGCCCUUGAAGAAGACAGAGUAAUAUUUAUGUGGAGUCUCUACAAGGUGAGAGACUGUUAUUUUUAAAUGCUUAAUUAGCUUAGCAGCAAAUGCUUGGGGAGAAAAACUAAGCCAAAGAAAGUUCUCAGGUCACUAAAUGGAGUAGAUGUGCUUUAUAUUUCAUUAGGGACCUAAAUCUGCAAGGUGUCAUCUGAGGGCUGCUGGUUCCCACAUCUCAGUGCCAGGAACCCUCGGUGUCUUGCAGGAGCAUGGGAUCUCAUGGGAUCUGGUGCUGUAAGACGUGUUAUGUGCACACACCUUCCACGUGCUGAUGGACCUUAUUUGUCCACUGGAGGCAUUUGCGUCUUACAUUCCAGCUAAUGUUUGUCUCUUCAUAUUGCUGCAUUCUUUGUUGCAGCUGGGGCUGCAGCAGAGAACAAGUAUUUUAUUUUCUAUUUUAUUUGUAAGGGCGGCUUGUAUAUGUGUGUUUGUAAUUUUUUCUCUCAGUAGCUUGCUGUUUGGUGCGCUCCUACUAGGUGGAGACAAAAUCAGUAAUCUGUUCCAUAAGAACUGAUUUUAUUUCUUCUGGAUGAGACAGCAAAAAGAAGUUUGAAUUGAAGUUCACUUCUUGGCGAAGUUCUCUAUGAGAUGGGACAAAUUUAUGCGGAAAGAUUUGAAUACAAGUGGCAUUUCGUAAAACAGUUUAAGGCUUUAGCCAAUCCUCAUUGCAACAGUAAUGAUGUAGUCUUCUUAAGGUUAGAUGCUUUCAGGAGAUUCAUUAGUAGUUUUCUUCCCUGUCUUUAUGUUUUCAGUAAAAUGAUUAAAAUACUUGAAGCUGCAAUUUUAACAUCAGUAAAAUAAUGUAAGGAUCUUUUUUUUUGUAUAAAUCUUCACAGUUCAGGUGUGCAAAGUAACAGUGAAUAAAGUUUCCAGCAGCUGAA